AUGGGGGCAGCUGUGUACGUUCGGGUUUCGGGCACGGGUAAUCAAACAACGGUCUCACUAGUCUGCGCUAAGACUAAGGUCGCACCGAUCAAACGGCUCACAAUUCCUCGGUUGGAGCUCGCAGCAGCGGUGCUGCUUGCUAAACUUACACACCACGUGCAAAACGUACUGGGCCUUGAUGACUCACGGGUAUACCUAUGGACGGACUCAAUGGUAACGCUCACUUGGGUCACUUCUCAUUCUUCACGGUGGAAGGACUUUGUUCGGAAUCGGAUAUCCCUGGCACAGGAGCUCGUGCCAAAGGCCCAAUGGAGAUUCACACCGGCGGCGCUCGAAGAGCGGCCAGGUCUUACACUCUCACUCGCAACAUCACCCUCACCGGUUUACGAUCUCAUCUUGAAAUACUCAUUUUUCACACGGUUGUUGCGGAUCACCUCAUGGCCCUUCAAGGCGAUUACAAACCUGAAAAGACCGGGCGACGGUACAUCGGGUUCAGCCAACAUCACACCUGGAGACCUGGAAAACUCACGGCUUUAUUGGGUGAUGAAAGACAUUCAGGGAGCAUACUUCACUUCAGAGCUCAAAACUCUCACAUCGGGCUACACUCUCCCGAAAUCGCAUCCGAUCACGCGAUUAACGGGCUUCAUAGAUCAUCAAGGCAUUCUCAGGGAGGGAGGACGGCUGAAGCUCUCAGCCUCACAACCUGAUAGCAAACACUCAGUCAUUCUCCCUUGGGACUCACCAAUUACGGCACUUCUCAUCGCUGAUGCCCACGAGCGUACUCUUCACGGCGGGACUCAACUCACUUUGGCUUAUCUAUGGCAGAGCUGCUGGAUCAUCGGCGGACGUGGGCCAGUACGCUCAUACAUUUUGCGCUGCGUGCGGUGCGCGCGCUUCCGGGCGCUCAAGGCACAGCAACUAAUGGGUCAGUUACCAAUCUCACGGGUUACGCCGGCAAGGCCGUUUCUCUUCUUGGGGGUCGACUACGUGGGGCCAGUUUCACUCAAAAGCUGGCGCGGGCGUGGGAGCAAAUGUCACAAAGGCUGGUUGUGCAUUUUCGUUUGUUUCGCUACCUCCGCUAUGCACCUUGAGGUUGUUACAGAUUUAACCACGGACGGGUUCCUCGCAGCACUUAGACGGUUCACGGGCAGACGCGGAAUUCCGCACACGAUCCACAGUGAUUGCGGAACCAACUUUCAGGGUGCAGCAGCGGAGCUACGACAAUUAUUCAAGACGGGUACACGGGAAUCCGAACACAUUCAGCACACUGGGGCAACUGACGGGAUUAAAUGGGUGUUCAACCCACCGGGGGUACCUCAUAUGGGCGGGAAAUGGGAGGCCGCAGUAAAAUCGGUCAAGUAUCAUCUCCGGCGGACGAUUGGGGAUGCCAGUCUCACGUUUGAAGAAUUUACGACUCUUCUCACACAAAUUGAGGGCAUACUCAACUCGCGGCUGUUGGAGCCUCUGUCGGAUGACCCGGAUUCGGUUCUCACCCCUGGGCAUUUUCUCAUCGGGGACACACUCACCUCUAUUCCUGAGCCAUCAUUACGGGAUGUGCCUCAAGGUCGCCUCACACGGUGGCAAUGGCUCCAAGAACGGGUUCAAUACUACUGGAAGCAUUGGUCAUCGGGUUACCUGCAACGACAGCAGGCUAUAUCAAAAUGGCAUCAUCCGAGUCACGACAUCCGGGUCGGGUCUAUGAUUCUACUCAUGAACGAAAACACGUCACCCACAAAGUGGCCACGGGCACGGGUCACACAACUACAUCCGGGAAAGGACGGGCUCAUACGGGUGGUUGCUCUCAAAACGGCGACGACCACACUCACACGGCCUAUCACCAAACUGGCACUCUUGCCAGUGCCUCAACCGGGAUCAAUCGACAGCACUGCUGCCGAUGGCGGGCGGAAUGUUCAGGAUUGA